AUGAAACUUACAUCUCAGCAGGUAUGCAUUUAAAGCGGAAAUUGAAGAGUCAAAAUAUAGUGAAACCAGUAGUGGGCAUUCAAACUUUAAUUUUAUACAGAAACACAAAUGCACCGAGAUAGACAUGUACCAACACUGUUCACUUUGUAUAUGCUUCUUUUCAUGUAAUCCCGGUUCACGCUUGUGACUUGCAAAUGCGAGCGCAAGCACAAUCACAAAUGCAGGAAAUAGAAAAUGACAGCACUUGUAAUAUACUUGCAUUUGCAUUUGCUGUGAGGUGUUUUCUAGUGAUUGAUACUGUUUGCGCUUGUGUCGCUCCGGUAAAGCAGCUCUCAGAAACACCAAGUCAACAGCAUAACAAGUAGUACAGGGAAAAAUACACCUUCACUUUUGUAAUCAGAUUCUUUUUCUGAUCUUUUGGUAGGUGUCUGCAUGCUGUAGCAACGUUGAUAUUAUUAUAGUUUAUGUUGUGGCUGGUAACAUAUCCCUAGCAAUGUCUGAGAACACAGACAGUGAAGCAGUUGUUACGGCUAGCCAGAAAGCUACAUGUACUGUUGAGAAUAGCCAAGAGGAACGUACACAGUCAGAAUGCUUGCCUACUGUCAAUGCGACUUCUGAUGAAUUGUUUGAUUCAUUCAUGGAGAUUGCAAAUGAUCCUAAACUCCAUGAUAUUGACAAUAAAAAUAAUGCACUAGGUGGAGCUGAAACAUUAGGAUCUACUGAUGGCUCUGAAAACGUUGGAACUUCUGAUCAGUAUGAAUCAACAGAAUCACCAGUGAAUUUCCUGGUGAAAGAAAGCAACAGUGGUCAAAAUGGACAACCUGAUCAUGAUAAUGUUCCUCUGAAUGAUACUGUCGACAACAACGGCAAACCUGAGGAGAGUAGUUCUUCAAGAAAUGGGGAAUUAUCAGACGUGAAAUCUCCAAAAUCUUUUUCACUAGAUGGUGAGCCUGUUCAAGAUGCCACAGAUUUACCAACAGCAGAGGUAACGUCCCUUUCUGAUAGGAAUGACUGUAAAUUGGAAGAAGUUUUGCCAACAAGUUCUGGUUCUGUUUCAGUGAGUGAUAGUGCAAAACUGAAAGAACCAAGUUGUGAAACUGAAAACCCAGUAAAGAGUCCUGAAAACCAGGAAAAUGCAUCAUGCGAUGUUAAUGAAACAGCGGAUGAUUUAAAGGAGCAAAGUGUAGUUAAUAUACGUGAAUUGGAUAGUGAAAAAUCAUCGUUGGAGAAAAGUGGUGAUGGGGCACAUGAUAAAGAACAAGAUUCCCAAAAAGAAGAAGUUGCCCAUAGGCUGUCCAAAGCCGUAGAAGAUCUAGCGGGCUUGGAGCAAUUGUUAUCUUCAGUUGUGUCAGAGUUUAAAGUUGCAAACAGUGAAAGAACAGUGGAAAAAAUUGAGGAGGGUAAAGAAGGAAAUUCUUUAGAUCAAAAGGAGGAGAAAAGCAUGAGUGAUUAUUCAGGGAAUUUGAGUUUAGAGAAGAAUGAAAAGGAUGUGCAUGGAAUUGUGUCUCAAGGUUCUGAAGGAGAGGAUGAGAGUAAUAAAGGAACUGAAAAAGUUGUUUGUGAUUGCAGCGAAGUAAAAGAGCAAUCAGGCACUUUAGAAUUCAAAGGUGAUCAAAUGAAUAAAAUUGCGGAUUCAGCAGAAUCAGAUAAACAAGUACCUGAUGAUAAAGAUACACAAGUGGAGGAAGAUGCAUCAUUAGUAAGUGACUCAGCAGUGGAAAUUAACAAAGAAGAAUCAAUUAUGGACAAACUUAUUGACAAGAAAACUGAACCCAGUGUGGAGUCUGAGUCUGUGGAAAAACCUGAUGCCGAGAUCAGUGCUGAAGAGUCAACUGAAAAAACACUUACUGAAGGAAAUGGGAUCACGGCUGAUGCCAGCUUGGAGAAAUCUGAGACUGUCAAUAAAUCUGAUCCUAACAUCUGCAAAGGAGAGUCAGCUGAAAAUAAAGUUACUGAAGCCAGCUUGGAGAAGUCUGAUGGCAAGGAUAAAGAAGAUUCGAAUGUUACAAAUGCAGAUAUGUCAGUACCUGGCAUUGAGAUUACCGUGACUGAUGAAAGCGAAACUUCCGAAAAUAAAAGUCUUGAUUCUAUGGACACUGAAGAAGAUGGUCCUUCAAAUGGUAAUCCUUCGAUGCCAUCCACAGCAUCUGAUGAGGGGAUUGACUCUGAUACAGCUUCUGAUUACGGCGAUGAUGAUGAUGGGGUGUCUGAUCCUGAGAACCUGGGCACUGCUGCUAAUGUCUGUAAGAGAAAAUCUUGGUGUUUAGAAAUCAAUAGAGAUCGCUUGUCGUCUGAUUCAUCUACCGUUUCAGAGAAGGAUUUUAAAGAAACAUAUAGCAAAGGAGAUAGUGCCGACGGGAAGUCCGUGAGAGAAGGUGAGGUUUUGACUUCUAGGAACCAGCCACUUUCAUUUACUGUAGUGUAAACUUGUGGUGUAAACUUUUGACAGGGUUUGCACAUGUCCUUAAAAAAUAAUCAUACCCUCUGCGAAAACUGCUGACAUCUUGCGACAUCACCACUGGUUUCCCACACUGAUGACAUGCCACUACCUGCACAUCUGGGAAGUGCUUCUGACUGGUUAUGUGCCCAGGGAAAUUUGCUUCAGCCAAUCAGAAUCAGUACCCAGAUCUGGGUAGUGACGCAUCUUCAGCAUGGAAUUUCUGAGUUCAUUCCUGAGCCCAUUUUAUCCAACCCUGGACUCAAGUGACUAACGCGGUGCAAUAAAUUUUGCUCAAAGAAUUUUUAAGCACACUGCUUUAGCAACACUGAACAAUAAAGAGGGUUGUUACUGCCUUGAUUUUGCACAGUGUUCAGUCCUUUAAAAAAUAGAAAUUGUGUCAAUCGUUGCAUGGGUGUAAACCUGUUUUGAAUGAGACAUCAAAGGCAGUAAUUUUUCAUGAAAGGAUACAUGCAUUAAUGAUAACCAAAUCUAUAUCAAUCAAGGGGUCACCCUUAAGGAAAUGUCAGUUAAUUUUCUAGUAACAUUUUGUGACAUUAUUUUUUUUUCACUUAUCAUAGAUUACAUCAGAGGGCAUCUUCUUAAGAUGGGUGGAACAGGACUCACACCCAAAAACUGGAGAAAAAGAUGGUAAGAUGAUGUACAUAUAGGUACACUAAAUGUAUACGAGUCACUAAUAUGUAUGUAAUGUUUAUGAGGGUAAUUUUGAAGGAGCAUUUUUCAGUGUGAACUACUUCAACGGGGCACUUGGCAGACAAUUAUCCAAUCACAAUGUUUUCUGAAAACAAAAGAUUCUCAACUUUUUUUUUGCAAACAGACCAGUGAAAUUCAAGGAUCAACUAUGCAACUGUUGAAAACUUUAAAACUGUUUGAACCCACCUGACCUCUCAGGAAACACCCCUCAGAUUCAUGAAUGUUAUUGAUCCAUUUGCAAAAAACUUGAGAAUCUUUUGGUUUCAAAAAACCAUUGUGAUUGGAUAAUCUUCUUCUAAGUUCCCCGGUAGUUGCACUGUAAGUAAACAGCCAGUUUGAGAAAUAAAGAAGAUAAGCCUGCAUGCUCAGUUUUUUCAUAACUAUAUCACUUAUUAUAUAAAAAUUCCCACUCGUUUACACGUACUUGUACAUGCAACAAUUCCAUAAUUAUUUUCCAGGUUUGUUUUACGAGGUGAUAACUGCCUUUACUACUACAAAAGUUCAAAAGACAAGGUACCUUGUGGAGUCAUCAUUCUGACAAACUACUCUGUGUCAAAGGCUCCAGAAAUAAACAAAAACCAUUCCUUCAAGUUGACCAAAGGAGGAGCGAGAACGUACUACAUGUGUGCGGGAAGUGAAUCGGACAUGAAGAAGUGGAUGAUGGCCAUGAUGGAUGCAGCCAAGGUGUCUUCUACAGAUGUAUGUACAAAAUUAAGUAUUUUGGGAUCAAUUGAGGUGACCACCUACCCCUCCCCUAAGUCACAAUUUUGCCCUAAUUGAGUGGUGAGUGUUAAUGUUGACUUAGGGGAGGGGUGGGUGGUCACUUACCCAGAAACCUCAUUUUGCUAUUAAAUAAUAUUACUACAACCUGGCCUGUUUUCCAUAGAAAAAAGCUAACAUUUUUCCACUAGUUUCCCUACAAAAUGACAUCUUAGCUCCUGAAUAAGCACAGGAAUUCCACACAAAUAACAUGUCAUCACCCCAGAUCUGGGUAGUGCUUCUGAUUGGCCAUGCCGUAAAGGAAAUCUGGUGUAGCCAAUCAGAAACACUGCCCAGAUCAAGGUAGUGACAUGUUAUCAGUACAGUAUGGAAUUUCUGUGCUUGUUGCUCAGAUCUCAUUUGUGGGAAAACCUGAAAUGGCGUCCUGGCAUGUGGCUGUUUUCUUAGGGUUCUCAUUUAAGUUUGUCAUGAGUUAUAAGCACAAAGAACUAUAAACAUGACUCAAAUCAUCGCGAGUGAACCUAAGGGUUACUGUGAAGUGGUUCUUGCAGUUGCAAUACAGCAUGGCAACUCAGAUGCAGAUCUCUACUGAUCCAAUGACUGUGUGGUUGGAAAGGAAAUGGAAAGGAUUAAUACACACAGUUUUUAAAACUUCUAGGUGGUUGUACACUAUAGGUAUCAUAUUUUAGCAGGGUUCUUCAGUCUUAACAUUUUUCAGUCCACAUUUAUGAGCAUGUAAUUUUUGAGUUCCUUUUGUCGUUUUUCCUCUAGUCCAAUCCAUUCAACAUUUUUGAAGGAAAUGUCCACAAUGUCAGCAUUCCAGCACUGUCAAUCAGAGAUCCUGAUUGCCAUGGCUACCUGUACAAACAAGGAAGUAAUUACAAGAUUUGGCGUCGGCGCUACUUUGUCCUAAAGAAUGGCUUCCUUUACUACUACACUGAUAUGUCCAACACAGUGGCCCUGGGCGUGGUCAAACUCCUUGACUAUACUAUUGCCACAGGAGAUCACAGUGGAAGGAAGUUCUAUUUCAGUGCCUCUUCUCCUGACAAAUCAGUAAGGACUUAUUACUUUGCUGCUGAAAGUGAAAUGGACAGAAAAAGGUGAGGAAGUGUUGACUAGGACAACAAUAUCUCCCCCCCCCCCUUUUCCCCCAUCUUCUAUGCCCUUAGGGAUUUCAAGGGUGCAGGCAUUUGAUCAUAUUCAUAUAUUCAUUAUUCUGGCCGUAAAAAACGGGCAUUUCAACAAAAACAGUUUUUUGCCUGUGAGGUGGGAAUAUGUAGGGUAGAGUGGGGUAGCUUGUGGUGGGGUGGAGAAGGGGCAUGUGAUGUGGGAAGGGGAGCAGCUUCAACCUAACAAAAAUAAUGAUAACAUCUUUCACUUUCUAAUUUCAUGCAAUCAAAGCACUAUAGUUGGAAAAUCUCACAAGCAACCACCUCUAACCAAAACUCCAUAUCUUUGCAUGUUGGUUCGCCAAUGUUAGGUUUAUUUGGGUGACUGUUUAUAUUAAAAUAUCAGUGUGACAAAACAGUGUGUUGGAAGCAUUUGUUACUUAACUUUAAUUAAAUCUCACCUCUCUCUUUUGCUACCUUUGUGUGUAGGUGGCUAUCAAAGUUGGAGGACUCUAUCAAGAAAGGUUCAUCAGCACAUUGAUUGUAGUAUUUUAAAUUUUGCUCAUAUGGGGCAGUUCAUUUGAAUGAAUCACUCAAGAGGGUCUCACCCAUAGAAAUCAGAGAACCACAGAGUGCUGAGAGCUUUGUAGGACGUUUUUGAUGAGUAUUUUUAGGUAAAAAAACAAUGUUUCAUUUGAGCCGGUUUUGUUUAGGCAAUUUUUCAUAACUGAGCAAUUACAUAAGCCUUGUUUGCUUUAAAGGAUAAUUUCAUAUAAGUUCUAGCAGUCACUAAGUCUUAAAAUACUACCAAAAAUAACCAAAGGUUACCGAGUGUGGGCAACAACAAUCAAAGGUAAAAAUGGUUUUGCUCUAGUGCCAUGCUUUGCAUAAGUUUUAACUGACAGAUAAUCAAAACAUGCGUGAUCAGAUUACAAGUGAUAGAAGGUUCAAACACGCGUGAUCAAAUUGCAUUCUGCGCAUUCCACACAUUCUUAGUGGAAGUCCAAACGAAUGCUGGCUACAUACGUGACGCAUGCGUAAUAAUAACGUGGAGGAUUGUGGGCUCCUCUUGUCACAUGCAAAUAUCACCUUGCAUAUUUUUGUCGCUAAUGGGGAGAAUGUGUUUAUUAAUCAAGAUUUUGUGAUCAUUUUCUAUUUUCUUAUGACCUCUGAAUUUAUUAUUACAAGGAGAUAUUUUAGAAGAAAUAAUAUUAGUGGUGGGAUAUCCACUUACAAAUUCUGGUCAUCUCCCUAAAUGGUUAAGAGAUCAAAAAUGAUCAGUUUUUUAAGUAAAAUAUGGAUAUUUUUAGGGAAAAAUGUUAACUGUUGGGACUCAAGGUUAAAUGGUUGGAGAAACAAAGUGGUUUGGAAGCUUUACUUCUGUUAUAUGACUAAGUCAUGUUACAUGUAAAUAGCAGCUUUCUAUUUUUCUUAUUUGCACCCUUCUUACGUUUAAGGGUAUUUUUGAUAGUUCAUUUUUUCUCAUGUAAGUAGAUGACUCAUAGUUCAGUUCUAUGGUGGAACAUUAAAAAACUUGUUCAUGUUGUUAUCUUGAAAAUAUGUUCAUGGAAUGAAGUGAUCACGACUAUCAGAGAAUAUGGCUAAAUUUGUAGAAACCCUCUUGAUAUUUAUCUGGGUGUUUCUGUUGUUGUAUUUUAAUAAAAAUUACGUAGAUAAGGGUUUUAACAAAAAGCAUGUUGGCCACAAUAAAAAUAUUUCUCCAGAAAGAGAUACAGAAUUUUUCAUAUUAUUACCAUUACGACAACUCUCUCUUGACAGAGACCUUCAUAAAGGCUGGUUUUCACUAUUGACGGAAUCAGAGUCUUGUAAGCUGAGUCAUAAGAGCACUUAUGUGAAAAUCAAAAAUUGGAGUCGUAAGCAGAGUCAAGGGCUACAGAGUUGGAGUCAGAAGAAUCAAAACAUUUCCAUUUCCUUUUGACUCCACUUACAACUCCGUCAUUUACGAACAAGUAAAAACCAGAUUGUUGGAGUCCAAAGCAGGAGUGGAAGGAUAAAUUCAACCAAUCACAUGCACAUUCCCAUGCUUUUUGAUUGCUUUACUUCUUCGGCUACUGCUUGCGACUCUGACAGCCUUGUUUUCAUUUGAUUGUAAGCAACAGGGUCAUAAGUGGAAUCAGAACGCUGUUUUCACUAGAUUUUUAAGUUCUAAUGCUUCUGACUACAACUCCUUGCAACUCCAUUGCUAGUGAAAAUCAGCCUUAAGACAGACAUCUCUGUGAGACAGACACUUAAUGUUGGUCCCUGCCUUUUUUUACACCCUUUUUUGAGUCUCUAUAAGAUGGACAGUUAGCACUUGUCCCAAAGGUGUCUAUCUUAGAGUUGACCAUUUUAUAAAUUUCUUAUGACU